AUGUUCUUGUUCGAUUGGUUCUAUGGGAUUCUUGCAUCGCUCGGCUUGUGGCAGAAGGAGGCCAAGAUCUUGUUUUUGGGUCUCGACAAUGCUGGCAAAACCACGUUACUUCAUAUGCUCAAAGAUGAGAGAUUAGUUCAACACCAGCCGACGCAGUAUCCGACAUCAGAAGAGUUAAGCAUUGGGAAAAUCAAGUUCAAGGCUUUUGAUUUGGGUGGACAUCAGAUUGCUCGCAGAGUUUGGAAAGAUUACUAUGCCAAGGUGGAUGCAGUGGUUUACCUAGUAGAUGCUUACGACAAGGAAAGAUUUGCCGAGUCGAAAAAAGAGCUGGAUGCUCUUCUCUCUGAUGAGGGGUUGGCCAAUGUUCCAUUCCUUAUUCUGGGAAACAAGAUUGACAUACCAUAUGCUGCCUCAGAAGAAGAAUUGCGAUUCCACCUCGGCCUGAACAACUUCACCACAGGCAAGGGUAAAGUAAACUUGACAGACUCAAAUGUCCGCCCCCUCGAGGUUUUCAUGUGCAGCAUUGUUCGCAAAAUGGGUUAUGGUGAUGGCUUCAAGUGGCUUUCUCAAUACAUUAAGUAG